AUGAGAUUUUCAAGGAUGAACUUGAAGAGACUGGUGACGCUUCUAAUGCUCGUUGCGACUACAGAUGAAGCCUAUUGUAUUGUUUCUAUUGCUCGAGAUGACUUGAAAGAGGUCAUGAUACCACGAGGAUCUCCAAUCGAAGAAAAUACAAUGCAGAAAAUACUUUAUGGUGUUCAACAUUCGCAACCCGAGCCGCUUUACCUCCUUGCCAUGAUGAAAUUCUACGGUCACGGAGUUGAUCAAGAUGUGGAAGCUGCUGUAAAGUUGCUGAAUAGAGCAGCAGAUCUUGGACAUCGUGAUGCGGAGUUUGCUCUUGGCGUGCUCUACCUGCGCGGAGAAGGCGUAAUCCGCAGUGACACAUUAGGUGCAUCGU